AUGAAUAACCAGUUACAUGGGCCAGGAAGUCCCAAGCCCUUCCUUGCUUACCCUAGGGGGGAAUUUGACUUAGAAUCUGGAAACUCCUGGAAGGUCCGAACGUCCAAAAAUUUACAAUCUGAACCCUUCAAGAUGCUUAAAUCCAUCGGAAAUCGCAUUUACUAUUUCUACAAGCUGCACCCUGUUGCAAUUUGUCUCAUCUCAUUGUCCUUUGGAGUAAGCAUUCUGAUUGUUCUAUCUGCAUAUGAAAGCCGUUUUAGAAUGAUGGGUUACCGAAGGAUCGGUGAUCUGAGUGUGGGUUCGGGUUCUUAUCCUUUUGCGAAUCUCUGUAAUCUUGUCAUGGUUGCUGGACAUUCAGUCUAUACUAGCAGCAGUUGUGGGAAGAUUGACCGUGAGGAUUCGUGGUUUUUGGAGCCGUAUCAGAAGCAACCAGGUCAAGCUGCUACAUUUUUGUCGCAUAUAAAAGAAGGGGUGGAGAUUGCAGCUAAGGAUGAGGGAGCUCUUCUUUUAUUUAGUGGUGGGGAAACUCGAAAGGAUGCUGGCCCUCAAAGUAAAGCGCAGAGUUAUUGGGCAGUUGCAGAAUCAAAAGGCUGGUUUGGGAAACAAGAUGGUGUGAGGAGCAGAGCACUCACAGAGGAACAUGCAAGAGACAGUUUUGAGAACCUUCUUUUUAGUGUCUGUCGGUUUCGAGAACUUACUGGUGCUUACCCUCAGAAUAUUACUGUUGUAAGCUAUGAUUACAAAGAGGAAAGAUUUGUAUAUGUACAUCGUUCAGCAAUUGGGUUUCCAGAAGGGAGGUUUUUCCUUUUUGGCACCCCAACUUCUCCAACUGCAAAAGAGGCUGCAAAGAAAGGUGAAGCUUCUGUUAGGAUCCAGUUCCAAGAAGACCCAUAUGGAUGCUUAGAUUCUCUUCAUCUUAAGAAGCUUAAGAGGGAUCCAUUUCAUCGGAUUAUUCCUUAUCCCAAUGGAUGCCCUGAGCUGAAAGGCUUGUUCAGCUAUUGCGGUCCAGUUCCUUAUCCAAGUUCUCUUCCUUGGACUUAGUAGGAUCAAGGUUGAAUGGAAUUCAUCUACUUCACAAUUAUGCAGAUUGGACAUCCUAACCUUAAAGUCAGAUGCAGCAUAGGUCUUGAGUCUCACUGUAAUCCAUCUCAUCUUUUCCCUUUUGCAUAUUAUGUAAUUAAACUAUGAGAAAACGAAGUUCUACAGCCAGGAUUUUACACAAAAAGGAUCAGAUUUAUGUUAGAAAAAUAUCGAACUUUCUGUGAUGUUGGAUUGCAACUUGUGCCUUGCUUGGUAUGGACAUCCCUUUUCUUUUCGCUUUCCUGUA